CCUCGAAGCCUCAAAAUUGAUUGAUCUCUGAGACUUCCCGAGGCAAAUUCUUCUACUCAGUCUGUGUGAUUGAUUUACCUUCUUCUAUUGUCGAGAAUUGCCUCCAUCUUUACCCCAGUGACGAACAGAGUGUCCCUUUACGAGCAACCCGCUGAAGCAGUCAUUAAAAACACACUCGUUGCUUUCUCUAACCAAUAUUACUGCCAUCUAAAUUUGUAUGAGUCAUCGAUCAUGGCGUACACCGAUGAUGCAGUUAAAGCGAAGCUCUCGGCGCUGAACGAGACCCAGGAGGGAAUUGUGACCGUCGCGCAAUGGGUCAUGUUCCAUAGACGCCAUGCCGAACGGACUGCCCAACUGUGGUUACAAAAACUUCGAGACUCUCCCGCCUCAAAGCGGCUGAAUUUGAUAUACCUCGCAAACGAGGUCGCGCAGCAGUCAAGAGCGCGAAGGAAAGAAGAUUUUCUCAUUGCAUUUUCUCCUGUGAUCGCUGAAGCCACGGCAAUUGCGUAUAAAGGUGCUUCGAAUGACAUCCAGCAAAAGAUUAGACGCGUAGUUGAGGUUUGGAGACAGCGAUCUAUCUUCGAACUUCCAAUUCAGGAGGCCGUUGAAGCUCGAGUGGAUGAAAUCGAUAAAACACGAUCAACUGGCAAAAAGCCUCUGCUAGGUGGAUCGCUGUUUUCAGGUCCCUCCGGAUCAACACCCUCCGAACUUCAACCGUUAGUUCCCCUCCAGGUGGCCCUUUCUAAAGCAGCUGUGGCCUCAGGGACCUCUGCCACAUCUGCAAACACAGAAUAUGAUAAGCUUCACGACCCGAAUGCACCGCUGCCAACGCCUCCUGUCUAUGCUGCACGCCUGAGUCAGCUCCUGAAAGCUCUUGCGAAUGCAGAAAGUUCCGUCUCAGAGGUCAUUAAGUCCCGGCUUGCUCUAAUCGACGGCCUUGAAAAGCUUCUUGAGACAAACCGCGCGGCUUUAUCGAAGGAACAAACUCUAGCUGCUCAACUGCAAGAUAGGAAAUUAGACACUGAGACAAAGAAGCGCGACGUUGAAGAUGGAAUCAUGAGAGGGCUUUCCACUGACAAUUCCCCGGUGGUCAACUUCCCAAACCUUGGAGCUGGUGGAGAAACUAUCUCUCGUCCAGAAGUUGAAGCUCUAACCCCUCCUCCCGUGGAGGCCAUUACACCAGAUGGCUCUCCGAAGCAGAGACAUGACGAUCUGGAAAAUGGAUCUCAGAUGACAGGAGAUUUCGCUCUUUCACGACCUGAACACCCUGUUGAAGCUUCCCUGCCUGGCCUAGGCCAGUCUUCCACCACUGCGUUUGGCGAUCUCCAACAGGAGUCUAUGAAUGGAUUCCAUGCCAAAAAGCGGAAAGUCGCCCAUGAAGAUGAGGACUACGCUAAGUUCGCAGGCGGGGAUCUAGAUGCAGAUGUUGCAGAGCUUCUGAAGCAGGAGAACAACCUGUAGUGCUGAACCAUGUUGCUUCGCGUAUAAUUUCGGAGUAUCUUUUUGACUGGCACCGAUGAUGGCUGGUUUCCCCCUCCCCCCCUACCUUUGUGUUCAAUAGUAUCUUCUUUCGCGCAUGAACAUUUUGAUACCUAAUCUGCUUUGUCAGACUUGUAAUAUCGUUUCUAUUUUUUUUUUUAUUAUAGACGUACCAAGGUUCUCCUUGUAAUUUGUCUGAUCAUGAAUACUGUCCUCAACCCU